AUGUCUCAAGAUCAUAGAAAACUUGACUCUAAUCUAAUAUGUAACAUUAUCAAGUCUCUAAUCAACAGUGAUGCCUCACUGAAAGUGAAACACAUCAUCGCUCAUAUUCGGGAGACAUUCAACUACACAAUCUCUUACAAAAAGGCAUGGAUUUCAAAGAAUAAGGCUAUCACUGCUAUUUAUGGAAACUGGGAGACUUCAUACAACGACCUGCCGCAAUGGUUGUUGGUCAUGAAAACAUUUCUACCAGGUACUAUAAUAGAACUCGAGACCCUUCCUAUAUUUUCAAAUGAAGGGACUCAAAUCAGUGGUGCUAGAGUUUUUCACUGCCUUUUUUGGGCUUUCCAACCAUGCAUCAAGGGUUUUGCAUUCUGCAAACCGGUGGUUCAAGUAGAUGGCACAUGGUUAUAUGGAAAGUACAGGGGAACUUUGUUAAUGGCUGUGGCACAAGACGGAAAUAGGAACAUAUUUCCAAUAGCUUUUGCAUUGGUAGAGGGUGAAACCGAAGAAGCAUGGAGUUUUUUCUUGAGAAAUCUUAGAAUGCAUGUGACACCACAACCCAACCUAUGUUUGAUAUCAGAUCAACAUCAGUCAAUAAAGAGUGCCAAUAAUAACCCGGAUAAUGGCUGGUAUGCAUUAAAUGAGGCAACAUAUGAAUACUACAGGGGAGAGAUACGUAAGGUUAACAUAGAAGCGUUACAAUGGAUAGACAAUAUUCCAAGAGAAAAAUGGACGAGAUCAUUUGAUGGAGGGAAACGUUGGGGUCAUAUGACUACCAACCUCGCAGAAUCAAUGAACUCAGUUUUAAAAUCCACACGCAACCUACCUAUUACCGCUUUGGUAAAAUCAACAUAUUAUCGAAUGGGCACACUGUUUGGGAAAAGAGGACAUGAUUGGACUAAAAUGUUGGGUUCUGGCAAACUGUUCACUGAAAACUGCAUGAAGGGAAUUGAGGAGGAAGUAAUCAAAUCAAAUAGCCACACAGUCAUGCAAUUUGAUCGUGAGAGAUUCUGCUUCCAGGUCCAGGAGACUGUUCAUCAUAGUGAUGGCAGACCGACUACCCAUUACAACGUCGACCUUCAAAAUCUUACGUGUGAGUGUGGAAGAUUCCAAACGUUUCAUGUCCCUUGCUCACAUGUUAUUGCAGCGUGUUCAAGCAUAAGACAAGACUAUUCUGUGCAUAUAGCUGACGUGUUCAAAGUUGUAAACGUAUUUAAGGUCUACGAGGAAAGUUUCAUCAGGAUCCCGACCGAAACAAGUUGGCCACAAUAUGAAGGUGACACGCUAUUCCACAACGACCGCAUGCGGAGAAACAAGAAAGGUCUCCCAAACAGUUGUCGGAUUAGAACUGAAAUGGACAACGCUGAAAAAGAAAAAAGAAGGUGUGGUAUUUGUCGAGAAAUAGGACAUAUGCGCAGAAAAUGUCCAACCAGGCCUGACCCUUCUACUUAG